AUGGCCGCCGCCCGACACCAUUGGGCUCCCGGAGUCCUCUGGGCUUUGCUGCUGUUCCAGCUGCUCGCCCUUACUCUUGCCCAGUCUGUCCCGAUCGUCACCACCCCUCACGAGUGUGCCUGUGAGAACUUUUCGCCCGGCACCAACACCCUCAAGUUCAACAAUGGAGCCACCUCUGUCUGCCCUUGUACCUGUGUGAAGACCACCUGGGUUCCUACCACAUACACCGAGGUCUACACUAUCCACGAUUCCACGACUUCUGACGGCCCGAUCGUGACCACUCCUUCUCCCACGCUGCCCGAGUCUUCUGCUUUCAGCAAUUUCAUCAGCAGCAUCGCCUCGUCUGUCCGAAACUUCACGACCUCGAUCAAUGGCACCGGCAUUAUCUCGUCUUCUUGGUCUUCCUUGUUCGUUAGUUACAAUGCGACAAGUGUCCAGCACACGACUACGGUAUCUGGCGUCUUCUGGACUGGAACAGGCAGCGGCGUUGGUGGAACGUUCACAUCUCAGACCUUCAUCUGGAAGAACUCGACCUUGAGCUCUCUGCUGUCAACGAUCAGACCUGGAAGCACUCUCAUUUGGGCCAACUCCACCAUGUCGACCCUCAGAUCUGGCGGUUUGCAGUCUGCCAAUACCUCAGCCCCUUCGGGAUCUACCAUGUCGACCCUCAACUCUGGUGGCUUUCACUCUACCAAUACAUCAGCCCCUUCGAGCUCUUUCAGAUCGACCCUGAGAUCAGGCGGCUUUCAAUCUGCCGAUAGUUCAGUCCCUUUGAGUGUCCAAGAGUCGUCUGUUCAAUCCAAGCCUUCGGUGUCCACAUCCUCUGUGAUCGGUUCGGGAACCACAACUCCUGCCCCAGUCCGCACCACUGUUCCCCCUGCCUCACCUAUCGCAUCGAGCACUCUUCCACCCCAGACAAACUCGUCCGUGGCCACGACCGGUUCAGAGAAGACAUCGAGCCAGGCUUCUGCUGCUUCAACAAGUUCCCAGCCCGCAGAGACUGACAAUUCUGCCUAUGUCCCCCCUUUCGGUACCAUCACUGUCGAGCCUCUGACCGCAACCUCGAUUCAGACAGAUGGACUUUUAAAGACCACCAGGGUUACCUGGCUGUCCAUCGACGUCCCGAGGCUGACUACCAUCGACGGAGACAUCACAACAACUAUCUUCCCUGCCUGGCGAUGUAUCUCGACCGAUCUCUGCAACCCGAAUUGCCUUGUCCCUGAUGAGCUUUGCCUGUCUGCCCCCUCGGCUAACCCUCUUGGAUACCCCUGGCCUUCGAAGCCUUCGAAGCCCCCAUCCGCUACAAAUGGCUGGAUAAUUCGGACCAGUGAAGGUGUUGAAGCUCCUAAAUUUACCUCUACGCAUGGAGUUACUAAGCCCGGAGGUGGAGGUGGCGGUGGCGGAGAUGACGAUGAUGACGGCGACCACGACGGAGAUGAUGAUCAUGGAGGAGACGACGACCAUGGAGGAGACGAUGAUCACGGCGGAGAUGACGACCAUGGCGGCGACGAUGAUCAUGGCGGAGACGAUGAUCAUGGAGGAGAUGAUGACCACGGGGGCGACGAUGGUCAUGGCGGCGAUGAUCAUGGCGGCGGACAUACAACCGACAAUCAAGAUGAGCUCGCUCUCCACGGCUUCAGAAUCGAUCUCGGUCUCGACCUCCUCGAUAAGGGACGGAACAUCCUCGGCCAUGGCAUGGAGAUUGGCUUCGGCACCAAUAACCCAGCCGUCAAUACACAGCCCGAUGACCCCGAGCCCUCCCAGUCCGAGAAGGAAACAUCCACGUCCACCUCAAGCUCAUCUUGCACCCAGACAUACACCCUCGCUCCUCACUGCACCCAGCCAUGCGUCGUCUCCCAAAUUCGAAGCCAGGGCACGAGCAGCUUCACCACCAGCUGCGCGACAGCCACCUGCCGAACCACGCAGCUCUGCACCAGUAUUGAGACCACCACCACAACCACUUACACGACCAAGAAGCCCGAGCCAACCGCCGGCUGUAUGGCCGGAAAGUGCCUUUCAUGCCAGGAGAACAACAAGCUGGAAGCUCGACAGGGUUGGUGGGAUGAGGACAUCCUCACCGAGACCAUUUCCGAACCUGAAGAAUGGCACGAAGGCGAGUACGAGUGGUGGGAGAAGAUGCGCCGCAUCGCAAAGUACUACGGCCCCGGCCUGGCCAUGGGAAGCGAGACGGGACACGACUCCUCGGCCUCCUGGGAAGCUUUCGGGCCCACCCCCCACGGCGGCGGCGCCGGUCCCGUCUGGGGCUGUACCAUCAUCGCCUCCUUCUCCCCCGAGGGCGUGUACGCCAACCACCUGUGGGAGAUUCCCAAUUUCGCCAUCCCUCCUGACGAAGAGAAGCACUUCAAGGUCGACAAAGGCUACAGGGCGCCCUACUACUUUGAGCAGAACGUCAACCGCUUCCUCCAGUAUGGCUCGCUCGACACGCCCAAGCAAAAGGAAUUCCCUGCGCUGUGCCCGAUGAACCUCCCCGGCGGUCCCCUCUACGGCGACAACUACCAAUUCUUCCGCACAAUCAUGUUUGUACCCAUCGAGACGACGGGUAAUAUGUACUAUGCCCACCAAAACGCCAAGAUCAUGGCGAUUCUCACCGAGAAGUGCAGGAUUGAUAAGAAAUACAUCACCAUCCAUGGGUACGAAGUCAAAGAAGCGCUCGACAAGGACUUCCAAUAUGACCUUGGUCGCGCCACGCCUCCGCCUGACCGCCGCGCCUCGAACCCCUGGGACGGCCUCCUCAGCUGGCAGUACACACCCAAGGGCCCCAGCGGCCAGAGAGAGCUCGUAGUCCGCUUCGAGAAGAGCAUUGUUCAUCGCGAUGCCUGGUGCGGAGACGGUCUCGUCACGCAGCCAGAGGCCCCCAUCCGGUUCGACCUCAGACCGAGUCCCCCUCGCGAUCCCAACCAGGAUACAACUCGUCCUUCUGAUAACGGUUCUCCUCCCCCUUCUGAUGAUGACGAUACGCCUCGCCCUUCUGACACUGGCACCCCUCGCCCUCCCGCAAAGGAGCUCAAGCUCAGACAAGAUGAAGGAACCUGUCCUCGAAUGAUUGCCUGCGGUCUCGGCUCUCCGAUUUUGAGCGUGUGCGACUACAAGAAGUUCCCUCCUCCGCCCAUGGAAGGCCCCUCGGCUCUCAAGGCCCGAGCACCCCCUUCCAACGACCCCAAUCAUGGCCCAAUGCAGGCGGAGCUCGAUCUCGAAUCAGAAAACAUGAUCGAACCCAAGGAUUCCCUCGGCGGCGAACGGUGGUGGUACACUCGCAUGCGCCACAUCGUCGACGAGCGAGGCCCCGGCUACGGCGGUAUCAAAAACGUCCCCGAGAUCUGGUCCACGAGCUCCAUGAUCAGAUUCAACAAAGAGGUUGAUGGCACUUACACGAACCGGCCGCGCUUUGGCGGCUCGGGACCCGUUUGGGGCUGCACCGUCGUCGUCGUCGCCUCCCCGGCCGGCGUCUGGACGAGCCACAUGUGGGAGAUUCCCACCUUCAGCCUGGGCCAGGAGUUUGGCAGCUCCAGUACGACCGAGUGGACCAAGUUCUACCCAAAAUCGCAGAUUGAGUACUUCCGAGAAGGCGUCGUGGACUUCAUGUCGUGGGGCAACAAUCGCGGCUCCUUCAGACAACUCAAGGACGGCAAAGUCCCCACGCGCAACCCGGGCUUCGUCGAGUUUGCGGCCAAGAACUCUGGCGAGCCCUUUGACGCCAAGACCAAGACGUGGCUGUGGGCCGGUAUCAUCACCCGGGCUCACAAGGAUAUGAGGGGUGAGCCGCUGCAAUACCAGGACUCGACAAUGCGAACGCAGUACAGCUGGCAGGUGGAGCAGAUUCAAAACAUCUUGAAGCAGAAGCUGAGCAUCGACGACAACAACCUCAUCAAGAUCAUCACGUAUGCUCCCCGCAGGGAUAUGGCGCAGAACAACCCCAACAUGCCGCCCGAGUAUGGCCUCAUCAACUGGCAGUAUCACCCUGAGCACACUGAGGAGGGCAUGGGCCACUCGGAGAGGAAGCUGCGCAUCCGGUUCGAGAACCAAGUCAUCUUUGAGAAGACGUGGUGCGGUUCCGGCAACAAGGUUAUCAUUGCAGACGGAUCCAAGCCGCCUUUGAAGCCCCCUUCGAAGCACCGUCGACAGGAAGAUGAGGGUGGUGAGGUCGAGGCUUGUCUGUUGGCUCAAAGCUCGUCGUCCGCUGCCGCUUCCGUGCUCCCACGUCCCACCCAGGCUUGCACCGCCGACGCCGAGUGUGGCUCUCUUGCUUGCCCUCAACCACGGUUCGGUGCCUGUUUGUAUGGUGUCUGUCGAUGUGCUCUCUCCGACAGUCUCAGCUACACCAAGACUCCUGCUACUCCGGUGCCUGGCAUGUACACGAACACCGCGGUGCCUGUGAACUACACGUCCCCCACAAAUCUCAUCACGUUGUUCACAGGCUCCCCGACAAGCAUCUCUUCGAACAGUUUUAAGUCAAGCACCUCCCGGAUAAUCAAGACUACGGGUUUAUGGAUGCCCUCUUCCAUCAAGAACCAUUCGUCUUCCACCGUCUCGCCGUUGUACACCGUCACCCUCUCGGCCUGGGACCCCUCCCAGACUCCCAUCACCGGCUGUAACACGACUCAGGACUGCUCAUCCCUCUCCUGCUUCGGCAACCAGACCUACGCCUGCAUCACAAAGGACGACAACCCCAAGUCAACCUGCCACUGCGUCGACCGCCCGAAGCUCUUCGAGCCCUGCACCGUGGCAGCAGACUGCGCACACCUGAAGUGCGACGCAAACCACUUCUCUACCUGCCGGCCCCUCGUUGACUUCCCUGGAGCCGAUUCUAUCUGUCAAUGCGAAGCCCUCGCCCUCAAGCCAGGCGCCUUCUGCACAGUCGACUCCCAUUGCGACGGUCUCCCCUGCGAAGGCAAAACGAACCGCCGUGGCAAGUGCAUCAAGCCCUCGUCCGACGACAUCGGCGGCGUCGGCCUCUCAGGCGGCUGCCAGUGCGACUACUACCAAUCCGAAGGCGUCGGCUGCUCCUCGCACGACGACUGCUCCACCAUCCGCUGCACCGAAGAUCAACCCUACAAGUCCUGCACCAUCCCCGACGGGCCCCUCGACAAGACGGCCAACGUCUGCGCCUGCGCCGCCGAGAAGCCGCCCCGCCGUCUCGCCGAGGGCGACAAGUGCUCCGCGCACAAGGAGUGUGCCACGAUCGGAUGCACAGAGUACGAGGUCUCCGUCUGCGAGCGCGCCACCUGUCGCUGCGGCAACCUCAAGUGCGGUUCGAGCCGUGACUGUGACUCCAGCGCGCUCGACUGUGCCGGCAAGGGGAACCUGCGGUGCGGUGACAAGGGCAUGUGCGAGUGCAAGCCUUGCACUGAGCACUGGAAGGGCUUGACGUGUGGGAAGGAUGCGGAUUGCAACCACUGCUGCAAGCGCGGAACCUUGCCCAAGUGCAAGUAUACUUGCCUUGCCUUCUGGUGUGGUAGCGAGUGUCAGUGUGAUCUUUGGUAG